AUGCUCAGCCAAUUCGAUACGCGGAAUGGAUAUGUAUAUCGUGGCGAUGGGAAACCAUUUAAUGAAGCAGGAAAGGAUGAGCUAGGAAGUUGUGAUCCCGUCUCGUUGCAAAAUGACUCAAAAAAGGCGUAUAUAGUCGCUGCUCUGGAGAAUUAUAGACGAAAACUAGCAGAAGAAUCCGUUGAAGUUGAGCGAGUACGAGCGGCAGUACGACAGGAGUCUGCAAGACUUAGAGGUGUUGCAGGUUCUUCUUUGGAGUAUGAAAUAUUUGGACAACACGCAUACUUUGAGCAGUACAUGUGCCAUGCAUAUAACGGCCAAGAAACCACCGAUGAAAACGAAAGACUAUUCCUCUUGAGGUCGAAACUGCCAUCUCAUCGAAGGAUGAAUCACAAAAGGCCCUAUACAAUACAACCGUCACAGGCGGAUGAAAAGUACAUCGUAAGCAAUGCACGUCCCAUUUUGGACUUCAUCAAUAUCAGAGAUGCCAAUGGAAAUCUCAUCGAUGGUAUUCGGAGCAUGCGGGUCGGAUAUUUAAGCCGCCAUCGCACAGUCAUAUCCCUUGUACAUGAUAAUGCGCAGGGUGGAAAAGAUGCCCACUUUGUACUUGUUGGUAGGGAAAAGGUCAAAAAAGGGUAUAUAUCAACAUUGAAAAGCUCACUCUCUGGUGUUGCUGAAUUACACUUUCUGCCGCACGGGACUACCAGGGAUCGCCGUGCCGCUCGUAUAUUCUAUACUAUAACCGAUAAUACCGAGCGUGCAUGGCAAUUAAGAACCGCUUAUGUGUACCCUGACAGAGGCAUAAUAACCAACGAUAGGGCUGUAUACACGGAAAAUGACCCAACGAAAUACAUCUCGCUGCACAAAACAAAAAACGGGUGUAUGUUAUUCGUAGGUACGGUUCUGCAUGGACGAACAUUCAAGGUACACUGCAUUAGGAAUGAUCACAAGCUAAAACUUUACCAUAUGCCAUUGCCAAAUGACAAAAGGUUGCUCCUCGAGCACAGAGGCAACUAUAUUUAUGCAAUACACAGUACUGUGCUGCCGCAUCGCAAGGAUGUAAUUGGAAAUGGGUGUCUAGAUGACAGUUCUUGUAGGAAAAAUGACGGCGCCUCAGUACAGUGGGCGGUAUCAAAAUUGCCAAGCAGAGUUUUGAAACCCGUCCACCGUAGAAGGAAAGAAACAUACGGUGAAGUGCUUGAUGCAGUAGACCAUUAUAAUAAGGGAACAGCUCAAUGGGUAUCAGUAGGCAGCAUUGAUAACGGUGUUGUGACCGAUAUGGACAUGAUGCACCGGGGUUUGGUUAUCUACGUAGCGGUUCCACCAUCUAAGCCUACUAUACUCGUCAAACCAUUCGUAUCGCAGGUCAAACAUGCCCAUGAUCACAACAUGGACAAAAUGAUAUGUCAGCUGGACCCUCCCAUAAGUGUUGGUGUGAUCGAACCCCAAAGCAACUCGAAUUAUUAUGCAAAUCGUGUGCUAGUGUUAGUGAAUUCCCCAGGAACUACUGAUAUAAAGUGCGUUAUAGACCUGGAGGAAAUCGCCAUCAGGGUGAGGGCAAAUGAUAACGGGUUGAUUAUUAGUCGUGACGAAGGACUCCUAGGUUCCACGAAAACCGAUGAAGUAGCAUUGAAGACGGAGAAUAGAAUAGUGAAAAUUCCUUCAGGAAUUCAAUAUUCCCACGGAUAUGUGCCCAGGAGCCAAUGUUGCAUUUGUUAUGUACACAGCCGAGAUGGAAGUUGUCAGAUCCCUGUGACCCUGGUAAAAGCCUCAGCUGAACGUUAUGCUGAUAAACAAGGGGAAAGUGAUAUUAGCUCAUUUCAAAAAACAGGUAACAAAUGUGUAGUUUAUGUAUACGGCGCAUAUGGAGAGCGCCUUCAAGUCAACAAUGACAUCGAACACAAUACAUUGCUUGCUUUGGGUUAUACCCUGUGCUUUGCCCAUGUAAGGGGCGGAGGUGAACUGGGUGAUACUUGGCACUCUGGCGCUGUGAAAUAUGGGAAGUGUAAUGGAUUCCACGAUCUUGUGGAUGUAUUAGAGUUCCUUGUGGCCCGGAACAUUGCACAACGUAACAAGCUCGCCAUAGCAACGACAUCGGCAGGUGGUAUACUAGCUGCCUGCGUAUAUAAUAUGCGGCCAGAUCUAUGUAGCUCUGUUCUACUAAAGCUGCCAUUCCUGGACGUCUCGGACUCAGUCUCUGACCCUGCACAGGCUUUGAGUCAGCUUGAGCUGGAGGAGUUCGGCGGGUUCGAUUACGCCAACAUGGACUACGUAUACUCAUACAACCCCUCCAGUAAUCCCGGAGCAAAGGCACAGGCGAAGCCGGCGCUUAUAGUACAGUGUAACGAUCAGGAUUCACGGGCACCGUGGCAACAUACCACCUCUUUCAUUUCUCAACACAGCGAUCACAACAAGAGAAUAUACCUGAAGAUAUCACAUGGAAAUCACACAGAUGGCACGAGUCUAGAGGAACGAGAAGAACUUAUAAUAGGACGACUGUCCAUCUUGGAGUCCGUGUUACAUGGGACCGAUGCACAUCACGGGAAAUGUUCAUAUAAUGACAUGUUGAGCCCGUGA